AUGCCUUUCCACACAACCGUCCUCUACCCCAACGACCCGGACACCAAGUUCGACAUGUCGUACUACCUCAAAACGCACAUGCCACUCGUCAUGCAACACUUCGGCAAGCACGGCCUGAAGGGAUACGAAGUUACCGAGUACGGUCCUGGAGGUGACGGCGCGAAACCCCCUUACUGCACGGGAUGCACUUUGAAAUGGGACAGCCCCGAUCAAGUGGGCGCGGCCGUGGGUUCACCAGACUCGAAGCCCGUGUUUGACGAUAUCCCGAAUUUCAGCAACAAGGAACCCAUCUUUAUGGGUGGUGCAGUUGUGGAUGCGAAAUGA